AUGAAGGAUGAUAUCCCUAUCAAACUAGAUCCUGGUCUAGUCACUCAAAGCUCGUUCAAGGACGCGUUCCAGGUCAAUCCAGAACUGCUUCUGCUUUUCCAAAUCUUGGGAAGAAUCAAUCAUGAACGAUCAGAACAGUUCUUGGGGUUGACAGAGGAAGAACUUGCUAAUGAGGUGAUGAAUGAGAAAAUCGACGAAAAAUUGCGUCGACAAAGAGAACAAAUGGGCGAUGGUCUGGGGAAAAGUGAUAAAGAACGCUUUGUUAAUGUGUUUGAAGACGUCAAUGAAGAAUCUUUGGCAAACAUCACCGGCGAUGAUGGCGAUCAAGAGCUCAUCGAUAAUGACCAAGAAUUAGAACAAGAAGAAACCGAAGAAUCAUUAUUGAAGAAACUUGCCAUCGAGAAAGAAAAGCUCCUGCAAUUUCAUAAAAACAAAGGCGAAUUAUUAAAGUUACUACAGUCUUCGCUCAAUGAAGCGUCGUUAUCCCUUGAUUUUGUUUCUUUAUUGGUGACCUCAGUCCGGCCCAACGUUGGGAAAACUUCGAUGUCGUCACAUUUGAAACAAUUUGUGCCAUUGGGAUCGCUUAAUCUGGACCGAAUCGGUAUUGACGAAUCAGCGACCCAUGGGAAAUUACAGAAUGUCGAAGUGAAUCAAAAAGCCCUUGUUAGUUGGAAGAUCGAUAGUUUGACCCGGAUCAUUGAAAUGGUCAAUCAAAAGUCCAGGAAUCUUGUGGUUGAAGCUGGCAAAGAAAAACGGUAUUUCCAAGACUUGCACAAGUUAUCGAUCACCAAGAGUUUGAAUUACGAGAAUGGUAAUGAGAAGCAAUACGAGGAAGUGUUGUUCAAGAUUGGUGAACGGGAAAUUGGUAUCAAAUACGGGUACCAGGACUCAGGGCUGAGGUAUCGAUUGGAUCGUGGGGUGGCGGCAUUGGAAAAACUGAAAGGCACUGGAGAAUUAGCGUUCCGACAUCAUAAAGCAGGGACGGCCACCACAAUUAUGAAUAAGAUCAUGGUGAAGAUUUUUGAGAAAAUUGAUGGGGAAUUUGCCAUGGUGAGCGAAUCUAAAGUUAAUAAUAAUGAUGAUGAUGAUGAUGAUGAGGUCAAUGAAAAUAUGGAAACUUGGCAGAAGGUUCAAUGGGAGAUCAAACGGGCUAGAAAUCUAGUAUUUGAAGAGGAGCUAUUUUAUCAAUUGAUCAAAGAGGCCAAGGUGUUAUUGCCAUAUGGAGCAAAAAUUGUGUCAAAUCGCAAGAUAUCAAUUGAAUUGGAGGAUCAAUUGAUUGAGAUUAUUUAUGUGACAAUUGAGAAAGAUGGAUCAGAGAAUGUAAAGAAAGAUGAAAAAGACAAAAAUGAUAAUAAUAAUGAUAAUAAUAAUUUGAAGGCGGAUUAUGUGGUUAAUUUUCUUAAAUUAAUGUUAUGCCACUAUCAUAAGACCAACGUUUACGAGACUAAUAACAAUGGGGUUGUUUCUGGUAACUUGAUUCCUUUAUUAUUACGGCCACUUAUUGGGAAAUUCAACCAUGAACAUUUCAUGAAGAGACUUAUUAGACAUUUGAUAGAUUUGUAUAGACAAGAGGAUGUUGGGUACCAGCCCAAGGUUAUUGAUGACCAAGGAAAGGUGAUUUACAGUGUGCCAGGGUUUGUGACGAAUGUGGUGGAGAUCAAGAUAGGGAGGGAUGAGACCCGCCAUCAAGAUGUGUUCAAGAAGGUGACGACACCUAGUAGAUCAAUAAUCAGGAUGCAAUUUACCGGGAAUGGAAAGGAGGCUGAGAAGCAAGAGGUGGUGGAAUUGGUGGUAAAAACCUCUUCAGAGAAAUCGUAUUGUGAUUGUUUGGUGAAUUUAAAGUUGGCGGGGGUGUUAGACGUGAAUUUCAGUGAUGUCGUGGAAAUUGGGAGAUGCUUGAAAUGGGUGACGACGCAAUACUUCUAG